UACCUAAAUGCCUGGGAUUGCAGAACCCAUGUCAAUCGAGACAUAGAUGAACUAUUAAACUCGGGGGAAGAGGAAUCAUUUGUAAAGGAAUAGUACUUGUCUCUCAGACUGUACUGCAAUGACCCGCCACGGGAAGAACUGCACCGCAGGUGCCGUUUACACCUAUCACGAGAAGAAGAAGGACACAGCUGCAUCCGGGUAUGGAACUCAAAGUGUUCGCUUGGGGAAAGACUCCAUCAAGGAUUUUGACUGUUGUUGCCUCUCACUUCAGCCAUGCAGAGAUCCUGUCGUUACCCCUGAUGGAUACUUGUAUGAAAAAGAAGCCAUCUUGGAGUACAUCCUGCACCAAAAAACUGAAAUCGCCAAGAAAAUGAAGGCCUAUGAGAAGCAGAAGAAGGCCCAGCGCAGUGAGAACCAACUGGAGGCCACCUCGGGGCAAAGGGAGUGCGUGGCGAACUUUAAGAAGAAUGAGGGCAGCAUCGUCUCCAAGCCCAUCAACCCCUUCACCUCAGGCAAAGAGGGAGCUGCCCAGAACGGCUCCGCAGGUCCAUCCGGGUCAGCAGGCGGUUCUGACUCAGCCGUGGCAGGUUCCAGCUCUGGGUCCAGCAGCAGCAGCAGUUCAGCCUCUUCCUCAGCCUCAGCCUCUUCCUCAGCCCUGCCCAGCUUCUGGAUCCCUAGCCUCACACCAGAGGCCAAGCCCACCUUGAUCAAGAAACCAGAUAAGAGCGUGCUGUGUCCUAUGUCUGGGAGACCCCUGAAGAUGAAUGAGCUGAUCACGGUGCGCUUCACUCCCCUGGACCCCUCUCUGGAGAGGGUCCAGUUAAUCACAAAACAGGACCGGUACGUCUGUGCCGUUACCAAGGACACGUUGGGGAACUCUGUUCCGUGUGCUGUGCUCCGUCCCUCAGGCGCUGUGGUGACACUGGAGUGUGUGGAGAAACUGAUUCGGCAAGACAUGAUCGACCCAAUCAAUGGAGAAAAGCUGAGAGAAAAGGACAUCAUUGUCUUUCAGAGGGGAGGAACAGGCUACGCCGGAUCGGGAGUGUCUCUGAAGGCAAAGGAGGCCCGCCCUGUCAUGCAGGCGUGAGGGUCGCACUCAGCCACGGAGGAUGAGAGCUGGAGAGAGAAGCCGUUUGAGCAGAGGUGUAGGUGGUGUAGGUGUCAUUGCAAACACCCUCUUAGGAGUUAGGGGUCAACCGUGUCAGGACAAACACCCCUAUUCAGGUGUCACAGUGUCAGUACAAACACCCUUUCCUUUACCGUCUCACGGUUUCCUGUUUGCACUGUGGAACUCACUGUUGCACCAUACAGGAUGUUGUGGGUUUGUUUGUUUGUUUAUUUACUUUGUCUUUGGCUGUUUAUUUCAGUGCAUUUUUUAAAUAUAUACAAAUAUCAUACAUUCAUGCAUUCAAAAACAUACAAAGUAUUUUUUUCUUUUUUUAAAAUAAAGGGACAGUCCAGUCCUGUUGCAAACAUAAA